UCCACUCUAGCGGCUGUAGUUGUUUUUGAAGACACUUUCGGUUUCUGUUCUGAACAUCAAUCCAGUGUGCGUGCAUAGUGUAACAAGAUGGCGUCUGGUUCUUGGCGUGUGCUGCCGAAAGGUGUACGAAAUGUCCUGAAUGGCAGGCACUGUGGCAGCCGGCGGCCACUGUCCACUACGGUCCCAACCACCGAGCAGAUAACCCGGGUGCCGCUGUCCCAGCCGCUGCCAGGCUUUCCCAAGCCGGUGUAUGCUGUGCCCUCGGCUCAUGACCAUGCUACGGAGGUCACCACCCUCAACAAUGGACUCCGGGUGGCCUCGCAGAACAAGUUUGGCCAGUUUUGCACCGUGGGCGUUGUCAUCGAUUCAGGAUCACGGUACGAGGCUCCUUACCCAAGUGGAGUGUCGCAUUUCCUAGAGAAGCUGGCCUUCAAUGUGAGUCUGAGUUUUCUGUUGGCUGUGAACCACUGGAGCUGGCUGCCUCAUGGAGUCCGGAAGGUGAGCCGUCUAGCCUGGGAAGCCUUCCAGUGGCGAGAAGCCCAGCAACCCAAGCCUUCCUUGGUUCCCCUGUAUCUGAAACCCCUUCUUGGCGGGGCUUGA